AGCGUCCAUUUUAUUUAUGAAAUGUAUUUUAUUUACUAGCUGUGUUAAUUCAUUGCAAAAGCAAAUUAGUUGUGAUCCAUAUGACAGAAGUGGGUUGUGAUGCCUUUAUAUAUCUUUUGUUUUGUUUAUUUUUUGUGAUAGGUGAGAAGCCUUUUAAGUGUGAAUUUGAAGGCUGUGACAGACGGUUUGCAAAUAGUAGCGACCGCAAAAAACACAUGCACGUCCAUACAUCAGACAAGCCAUAUCUGUGUAAAAUGUGCGACAAGUCCUAUACCCAUCCAAGCUCUCUCAGAAAACACAUGAAGGUAAUUUCACUGACUGCUUUGUAUUUGCUUUGUUCUGUGAAGAUACUAUCUGUUUUGCAUGCUGAAUUUGCCAAAGUGAAAGUGCAUAUUGAACAAGGACCUUAGGUAGCACUUUAAGAUAAGCAGAUAUCUCCUGCCUUGCAGUAAGGCACUUUACCAAUUGAGAUGAAGACUUGUGUGGAUUUCAGUUUUAUGAGAGAUUCCUAGUUUUGUUUGUCAGGCUCUGUGCUUGUGAUACAAAGAAAGAUAUAACAGAUAUGUUAAACAGAAUAAGAAUGCUUCUGCAGUCUGGAUUCUGUAUGUCCCCAUGACACAGGAGGUAUAGUUAGCAUUUGGGAUGCAGUGUCCUGGAUACAAAUGUAAUUGCUAUUAUACUGUGACUAGACUAAGGGCAAUACAACUGCCCAUUUUGUAUGCACCCAGUGGCUGAAACCCUAUUUUUUCAGAUAAGCAAACACUGUACGCCCAGCAAUUAAAGUACUCUGUGAAAUUUAAUGAGACAGACUAGGGAAAUCACUGUUCGAUUGUACAGAAAAUGCACGUUUUGUUUCCUAGCCUAAAUUUAACCCCAGAGCUCAGAGACAGUUCUGUUCACCCAAACUGCCACUAAAGGGUUAACUCAGAUUUGUAAGAAUCCGGUUGUGUUGAUUGGUGUAUUCCUGUAGAUUCAUUUUUUUAAAUGCUUUUUUUUUUCACCCCCUCCUUUAAAGGUCCACGAAUCUUCUUCCCAGGGGUCUCAACCUUCUCCAGCAGCAAGCUCAGGCUAUGAAUCUUCGACACCCCCAACAAUCGUAUCACCUUCUUCAGAAAACCAGACCACAAGUUCCCUCUCCCCUUCUUCAUCAGCAGUACAUCACACGUCCAGUCACAGCACGCUCUCAUCAAAUUUUAACGAAUGGUACGUUUAAACACAUAUUUAAAAAAAAGACUCCAGAUUAAUGAACACUUCGAAUGAAAUCCUAAAGCUGCCGAUAGACCCGGGACCGAAUUAAAUGAAGAAAGAGCCCUUCUUUAUUUCUUCAGGCUUGAUAGAACACACAUUAAACGGGGGUUCUAGAAUGCAUGAGAAGAUAAGGUUGCCAGGCCAAAUGCCAACUGUGUAGGGUUUAAUGAACCACUAAUUAGGGGUCUCAAUCUGCAUGUCUUCUCUGGCAGCAGCCUUUUUUUCCCUUGUAAAUACAGAAUUAUUAGUUAAAAUGUACUGUUGAUUUUGUAAAUAGUUAUAUUACAACUCUAAGGGAUACGUGGAAUCGUGGUCAUGGCAUAUAUGUGUUUCAGGGGAACAGUGGGAAGAAGAAAUUCAGUUUCUUUGAAUUUCCAGAAUGUUUCUAGUGAAUGUGUACCAAAAUGUGAAAAAAUACAUUGUAUUAUUACAGUCUAAGCGUCCAUCUAACAGACUAUUACUGGUAUAAGUGUGCUUUCUGUAUAAAGUGCAAAUCUAUGUUCCAGUCCAGUCCAACUAGUGCAGUAAAAAUGUUGUUUUAUGUCAUGUCAAUAAUUCGUACAGUGCACGCUUGGAAUUAACGUGUCAAACUGUUCCAUUUUGUUUAUGUAAAGUGAUAUUAAAAGAUAAAACCUAUAUCUGUCCAUUGCUUUUGACAAAUACAAACAGCAUAAUGUAUAUAGUGAAUAAUUUUUUCAUAUUUAUCCGCAUGUACAAGGCAGGCUAUACCUGUUUAACAGAUAUUCAAUAUUUAUGGAUAGAAAAAAAAAAGAAAAAAAAAAAGGAAACAUUCGUAUGUAAAUUUUAGUUUGCAAAAGCUGUUUCGUAACAUUUCGUACAUUAUUAAAGAUUCUGAAAAAUCUCAGUCAUUGUGGCAGGAAUCCUUUUUCAAUAAAUAAGCAUCCUUCAACUUAGGUUUUAGUGAUCAGGUUAGAUCAGACUUCCUGAUGCCACCUCUAAGUAAGCCUUAGUGGUAUAAACGUGAUGUAUGAAGGGAUCCCUGCUGGCAUUACCAUAGUGGGUAAUUAUAUUUAGAACGAAAUUUGUGAAAUAAAUUUUCGGUUGCAAUAUAAUUUAAAUGACCUUUAUAGAGAGAAAAAAAUAACAACCAUAAAAUCCAAAGAUCUAGAUUACACAGGGUACAUAAAUAUUAAUGUGCUUAAGCUGUGAAUGCAAACACGUCUUCAUGAACAAUAAAUUAAAAAAAAUAAUAAGAAAGUUUAUUAACAAUACAAUUUACACACUAACCCAAUGAC